AUGACUCCUAGUGACUCGGUCGACCACCUAGACUGCCUUGGGCAUUGUUCGGUCCACCAGACGGGAAGGUCGAUCAACCCCUUCCAAGUGGAAAUCAUCACUGGUCAACUCUUCUAUGAUCAAGAGCCUGCUGGUUACCAGACCAUGGCUGCCGGCACGAGUCCCGACUGCGCCUGUGUCUUUCCAGCCAGUGGGCUGGUUUGCGCAACUGGAGGCGGCCUAUCUGCGCUUCGACGAGGACAAAAGCCAGGCGAUUUGGGAGGCAACCCACUGCCUAUGGAUUUCUGGAGACCAAGUGCGCUAGCGCCUUCCUCGCGUUGUACUACAAUGUGCGAACGAAGCGUCGUGGUCAGGCAAUUCGAGCAUGGCGAGGGGUUGUCGACUUAA